AUGGGGAACAGUUUCUCCAGUAUCCCAGCAAUACCUAGGGGCAACCCCAACCGCUUCCACAGGGCCCAUCAUCAACAUCUCAAAGAUUCCAUUGGUGGGCCCUUUCCUGCUACCUCUCAUCGAUGCCACCACAAGCAAAAGCACUGUCUACCCAUCUCACAGUGUGGCACUCUCUCUAUCAGCCCACUGCUUUUUCAUCCUCACACCAAGGGGUCACAGAUCAUUAUGGAUACCACUCAGAAAGUAGUCAAGCGACAGGCAAGUUUCUGCAAUGCCAUCACCUUCAGCAACAGGCCAAUAGUCAUCUAUGAGCAAAUCAGACUUAAGAUCACAAAGAAGCAGUGUUGUUGGAGUGGAGCUCUUCGACUGGGAUUUACAUCCAAGGAUCCCUCCAGGAUUAACCCAGAAACUCUGCCCAAGUAUGCAUGCCCAGAUCUGGUUUCUCAAAGUGGAUUUUGGGCAAAAGCCCUUCCAGAAGAGUUUGCAAACGAAGGAAAUAUCAUUGCAUUCUGGGUGGAUAAAAAGGGGCGUGUAUUUUAUCGCGUGAAUGAUUCUGCUGCCAUGUUGUUCUUCAGCGGGGUAAGGACAACUGAACCAUUGUGGGCUUUGAUUGAUGUCUAUGGACUGACUCGUGGAGUGCAACUGUUAGAUAGUGAAAUUAUUCCUCCUGAUUGCCUCCGUCCAAGAUCCUUCACAGCUAUCCGCCGACCCUCUUUGCGCAGAGAGACUGAGGAUACCCGUCUAUCUGUCAGCCUUUGUGAUCUCAACUUACAGGAGGAUAAUUUCCAAGUCAUGACUGCCAUGUGUCCUAUUCCACAGAAUUCCCUCAACUCUCAGCAUUCCCACCUCCUCCCAUCUCAACUUGAAAGCGAUCUCCGCUUCCAUCAGCUCAGGGGAGCCCAUAUUAAAAUUCUGGAUGACCAGACUGUGGCCCGUCUGGACCAUGCUCGAGAUGAGAGAACUUUGGUUUUUACCAGCAGGUCACUUAGAAUCAAUGAGACUAUAUUUGUCAAAAUAAAUAAAUCCAACACUUCACGUACUGGGACACUGUCAUAUGGGGUAACCACUUGUGAUCCUAGCACCCUGAGACCCAGUGACCUUCCUUAUAAUCCAGAGUCUUUAGUUGAUCGAAAAGAGUUCUGGGCAGUCUGUAGAGUGCUGGUGCCUCUCCAGAGUGGAGACAUCUUGGGAUUCAUGGUGAAUUCAGAAGGAGAACUGCACUUGAGUCACAAUGGAGCAAGUGCAGGCAUGCAAGUAUGCGUGGAUUGUUCCCAACCAUUAUGGAUGUUCUUUGGUUUACAUGGAGCAGUGAUGCAAAUUCGUGUCCUGGGUUCUACACUCAUGGCUGAACACCUGGGGCCAUCAGCACAAAGCUCACCCACCUCAUCUCCCAAUUCAUCUUCCAUUCUUUGCAAUGAGGUUUCUGAUCCUGUCCUAUGUAUAUCUAGUUCUGGCCCAUUUGGUAGCUCAAUCAGUGGUACAGCUCCAAACUCUCCAAGCAGUAUGCCAGAAUCCCCUCUUUCCUCUUCCAUCUCAGGAUCUUGGAAUGAUGAGUGUACUAUCUGCUAUGAGAAUAUGGUGGACACUGUGAUUUACUCCUGUGGACAUAUGUGCCUGUGUUAUACAUGUGGGCUAAAACUCAAGAAGAUGGCUAAUGCCUGUUGUCCUAUCUGUAGACGUGUCAUCAAGGACAUAAUCAAAACCUAUCGCAGCACUUAA